GCGCUCGGUUCAGUCGUCGAGCGGAGUGCGUCGGCGCCGGUCGAGCUCCUGUUGCCUCGGCCUCUUUGCCAUCGCUCGGUACGUGCGAGACGUGCGGCGCGGUCGGGUGUUGUUCGUGUGCCGCAGUUGUCGGGAACGGAAUGAGUGAUUGUGUAUAAAUAAACGUUUGAUAAGUGAUUAUAUUAAGAACUGUGCAAACAUGACUAAGACGUAUUUCGUUGUGAGGAAUUAUGAGGGAAGUUGUUUGUGAAGUCGUACCAUAGAAUGGGUAUACUCAUGGAAGCCACUAAAGGGAAUUUGGUCACUGCCAGAUAUCGAGGAAGUGGUGCAGAGUCGGAAUAUUUCACGAUGGGAACACCCCGGAAGCCUUUCUAUGCGGACACAUUGCAUACAAUCGCUAUUAAUACCAGGGAGACAGAAUUCGGAAGUAUCGUUGAGCCGAUACCGAUAACGCUCAAGACUUACAAGCCGUACCAACCCCAGGGUUAUGGGUACCCGCAGCAGGUGGCAUCGCCCGCGGCUCCUGUUGUCCGGGUACCUGAGACCGAUAGGCCUUCCCCGGUGAAAAGCGAAAAAAGUCCUGUUAAGGAAUCUAAGGAUGAUAUAGUCGCUAGGCCUCCUCCUAAAAAGAAAUGGAUCAAAGAGUACCUAGAGGAGGAACCGAAGUCGCCGUUGUCGGUGCGAGUGGUGACCGGAGUAGCGGUGCCGGCGCGCAGCAACGGCGUGGUGCGCCCGACGACGCCGGUGCUCCCCGUCGCCGCCCCACUCCCUGCCCCCGCCCCCGCGCCUGCCAUCAUCGUCUCCGACCCACCGCCCGCGCCCGCUGUGAUCCCCCCAGCGCCGGCUGUCAUCCCCCCUGCGCCCCUCCUCGAUUUCGUACAAGAACAUUCCAGGGCGCGCACUAUGAGCAACAGUCAUGGGCUGCCGCAAAUCCCAUCACCUCCUUUAGUAAGCAGCAGCGGCAGUGGCAGUGGCAGCAGUGGGUGCACGCCAAGAGCCGGCACUCGGGAGGUCCACAACAAGCUCGAGAAGAACAGACGCGCACAUCUCAAGGAGUGCUUUGAACUGCUCAAGAGACAGUUGCCAGCGACAUCAGAUGAUAAGAAGACUUCCAACCUGUCAAUAUUAGGCUCAGCCAUCCGGUAUAUACAGGUACUGCGACGCAAAGAGCGCGAAUGCGAACAUGAGAUGGAGAGAUUAGCUCGCGAAAAGAUCGCCGCGCAACAACGGCUCGCUGCUUUGAGGCGGGAAGUCUCCGUAAGAAGCAGCAGCGUGCGGCCCCGUAACAUAGAUGGAAUAGAUGAGAAAGACACCAUUGCUAAUGAUCAAGUUUUAGGAAUACCAGUUAGUAUAACGUCAUCUCCGCCACGAUCCGCGUCACAAAUGGAUUCAUCACCCCCCCGCACCCUAAACUUAAGUACGAAGUUGCGCGCGCUGCCUAUACAAAUCACGCCAACCACUUCACAGGUGGUGAGAACUUCGUAUGGAUCUCGACAUCACAACACUUUAACUUUAACCACACUCGGUCCAGCCGAAACAAAUACGCAGAAUGGACAAGUAAUGGAGAAUGGUGUCACCAACACGCUUAGCACCUUAGUACAUCCUGCUCAAAUACAUCUUCCUCUUUCUCAGGUGGUGGUCGCACCCGCAGCGCUGCAGCUGCUGUCAGCGAGCGGCGGACUGCGCGUGCUUCAGGCGCCCGCAGUGCAUACUAAUGGCGUCGUGAAUACUGAAAACAGCAGGAUAACAAAAGAAAAUGGAUUGGUGUCCUCAGCACCGGUUUCAACAGAAGGUGGUAGCGUGGUGGUAAGCGGAUUGACGCCGCUAGUGAUGUCCCAGUCCGGCACGCACCUCCUGCAGACCCACACGCUCACACACAAGAUGGUAGAAACUCAAGUGGUGAAAGGCAGUGGCAGUGUGGCGCCUAUGACGGUCAGUACGCAGUACCUGAGUUCGACUACCAUCGUGAAGCCAGUGGUCGUGGUGUCCAGCGCCCACUCGCCGCCCGCGCCCUCCACGUGAAGGUGUCUCCUGUACGAAACCGUCCUACGCCUUAUUAUCGCCUGGUACUUCUUCAUUAUGUUGCUAAGUUUUUCAAAGAAGAGACAGACAGUUUUUAUAAUCCAAGCGCUUUCUAGAAGAUUCUUUUACAAUCCAGAAACAAGCAGUUUUCGUUAACAGUAGAUAGAGAAAUAUUUUCCUCAUAAAUUUAUGCUUCAUCAAGACAUUUCGUCCGUGGUUGGUUGAACGCAUACAAUGUAUUAAUGUCCUGUUCAUGUUUAAUAGAAUAACUUGUACUGCCAAUGAGAGCAAUAAUGAUGACGUCAUACUUAUUACGUCACGAACUCGAGAAGUCACCUACUACCUCAGAUGGAUGCGGUAACCAUUCCUUAAUCAGACAUCAGAAUGCUUGCAAGAGACAGCAUCUCGAUUAUCGUCUUAUGUUAAGACCGUUUGGAUGUUUUAGUUACACAUAUUUCGUACUGUUUAUAUGGGACAGUUAUAGGAAAGUGACAAAUCAUGGACACUAUGUGCCGAACUGUUGAAACUUCAAGUGUACACUUCAUUUUAUAUUUUUCUACAGAUAAAUUCCACAAUGUGAUUGUAUACAAUAAUGUAAACGGGAUGAAUGUAAAAUAUUAUUUAAUAUUUAUUUAUUAAUGUCGAUAGAUAUAGGGAGCAAAAUUAUAUAUUAUAUUAAAAUGACGGAAGAAUUUGGAAUUCUUUAGUAGAAAUCUAACAAUCAAAGAAAUUAUAUUGAUUUACAAAUCAGAGAAGGGGUUUUAAUGUUACUCCAAUAUUUUAUUCAUGUGGUAAAUCAAAUAUAUUUGUUUUAUUAACACAUCUUAACUAAUCAAUUUUAAACUUCGAGCUGUGUUUUUAAUUUCAGUUUGAAUCUGUAUAGCCUAACCCAGAACAUAAAAAUCUUAUUUUCUAUUUAUGUACGGGAAGAUAGUUCCAUAUUCGUCCGCAAUAUGUCGAGGGUUAUAUUUCCGGUCAGGCUAUAUUAAUGAUUUCCUAAUUGUUAUUUCACUUUAAGCCAUUAUGUACUGGAUUUGAAACUAAAUAAAGCUGGCUAUAGACGUUCAGUUCUGACAGUUUUAACUGAACAGUUCUACUCUUCUUUUAGAGUUUCUAUAAAAGAAGAGAAGGUUCAGUUAAAACUGUCAGAACUGAAAACGUAGCGAGCUUAACCAUUCCAAAAGGGGAUAUAAUUGUAAUUAGUGGGAUGUUAUUGCGCCUAAAAAUCUAUCCACUCUGAAAACUUUAGAUUUAACCGAAAAUGUUUGUAACAAGAAAAUUGUUUAUUUUUUCUAUAUUUAUCUGUGAUGUGUGCAGUUAGCUGUAGUACUGGAACUUCUGUACAAAGACGUCUUUAGGUGUUGUCAAUUUCUAAUAAUAAUCGUGUGUUUUAAAGUCAAUAAAUUGUAAUUUAGCUGUUAAAUUAAAAAUUAUGUGGCUUAUACGUGUCGCGGAAGCGGGAAAAUUUUAAAAAAGUUAGCAUGUGAUAUGAGCUGGUGUACCAGGAGACCAGAAGUUGUAUGUCAUGCAUUCAGACGCUAUCACUUUCUCAAGUGGAACUGAUGGUAGAUGGUCAGGUGCUUUUCUGUUCUCCGGGUCUGGUGUGGGCCGAGCGGCCGUCCUCAAAGUGUGCCUACCUGAUUUUUUAAAUUGUAAAAAAUUCAGUCAAGCUAAUCAGAAUUUCUACUCGAGCUAUUUAUUAUUUUUUAUUGCAUUUUCCGAUUAGAAUUUUGUACAUCUUUUGGUAACUCAUUUUAUACUGUGACUUUAAAGACAAGCUUGGCUGAAUGGAGUUUGUAAUUAUAAAAUUAAGAUCUUGUAUACUUAAGAGUUAUAAAAUUUACUGUAGCUCCGUUUGUUUCAGCAAUUGUUAAGUUUGCAGUCUUACGCGUUAUCUUGUUAACCACGUUAUGAAGUACAAUCAGAGAAUUUGGCGGUGUUCCACUUUCGAUGCUAAAGUCGUUUUAACCCUUUUACGCAUUGAGACGAUGACCAAUAGGAAUUUAAAUGUGUCUAUAUGAAAAAAGUCGGUUAGUGGUACAUUUUUUACUACCCAGUCACUGUUACCGAAUUAGUUAUGGUAGAGGCGGAGUUUGUCUCGUUACCAAGGAACAAGGCAAUUUAUCUAGAAGUGGCACACCGCGGAUUAACGCGACUGUACAUAAGUGUUCUUUAAAGCAAUAUGUGCCAAUAUAGUUGGUAAAUUGUUUUCAAAAAUAAAGAGUUGUGUGUAGUUUUUGAGUCUUUUCGGUUGUACGCAUUUCUCUUACGAGCUUUAACUCCCAUUAUUUUGAACAUUUCAAAUUAUUUUUAACUAUUCCCCUUGUGCAAUAAGAAAAUCUAGGCUCCAAAGUGAUUAUUCCUGAUUAUUAUUAGUUCCUGAUGUCUGUAUAUUUUAUUAUUUAUUUAUUUUUAUAAUUUAUUAUCCAUAUGACAUUUAAGAAUUGGCAAAUCGUCUUCUAAAAUUUUAUACGAUUGUUCUAGGAGACUGCAAAAUAGCCUUUUAGUUUAUAAUGUACUAGGAAAUUAUAAAAAUCAUGUAUUGAACUUUCCAUAGGUGAAGUACUUAAGAUCUCAGGUUAAUUAAUAUGUUGGAGAAUCAUAAAUAUUUAUCAAACCUUUUGCAAUUUAAGUUUUUACUCCUUCGCCUAGUUGAAGUAAUUUUCUGCUACUGUCAAAUAAUAAAGUUUAUUUAUUUAUGAAACUUUAUUAUGCAUAUUAUUUAAUCUGAGGUUAAAAUUUCUACAAAACUUUUUGUAAAUUAUAUUUUUAUACUGUAACGCACAAUUACUCAUUGUAUUUGAAAGACUAUCUAUAAAUGGAGGUAGCGUUUGUACAUCGAUCCUUUUGUUUGAACGGCUCUAUCAGCUACCUCAUUAGACAAGCAAUGGCUUUUUCGCUAAGCGAUAAUAUCGACCUUAUUUCGCAAUAGAUACUCUUCGUGUUUAUUAUCUCCUAGUAACAAUUUGUACUAUGUUUACAUAGUUUCUGGCUGUGGUUAGCUCUCCUCAUUUGUGUUUUUAAUUUUUAAUAUCAUUUCUAUGUAUAAUAAAUAAAUAUAUUUCAAAUCA